AUGCUGUAUCGCAAGUUGAGAACUGUGCCAGUGGCCAAGUCUGUUCAGUGGGAGGAGAGAUUGUUGGGGGGUGUUACCAGCUCCACAGCUGUCCGAUUAGGUGGGGGUAGGAGAGAGAAAGAGGAGGAAAAGGAGGAAGAAGAAGAGGCGAAUGGGGCUGAGGUGGAAGAGGAAGAUGAGGAGAGGAGAGAAGAUAACUACACAGUUUGUCUUGGGAAAGGUGCCAAGCCUAUUUGGAGGAGAGGAAAGGGAGAUUUCAUACUGCUCGACAACAACAACACUUUCACCAAGGUUCUAGAGAGAAGGUAUCCUCAGCCACACAGUGAGUGGUGUGAGACAGAGGAGGAAGAAGAGGAGGACAAGUCAGUGGUGAAGGGAACUAGGAGAUGGACUGCUCUGCCUCACCCGGCACCUAUAGCGGAACACCUCCAGUGGGUAUGUGGAGACAGAUCCCAGACCGAGGCAGGAGAUGGCAGAGAGCUCACUGGAGAUGGGAAGUCUUCACCUGUACUCAGUGGGAACAGGCUCUCGUCUCAACAUCAGUACUGCCUCAUCUUGAAGGACUGGAGCAAGAGAAAGUGCAUCCACAUACAGCCAGAAGACUCGACUGAAGCUGCAGUUCUCAGCAAUAUUCUCAGUCUCAACGACAGUACCAGAGCAAAGGGAAUGGUGGCCUGUGGCGGUCUUGCUCGGGAGAAAUCAGGACGUGAACUCUGUGAGAGUGGGGAGGUGGUGAGGGUGCUGGAGAGGAUCGUGGAGGACAAGGCAUCGACUGGGGUCCAUGUACCCGCCGCCAUAGCCCUCCACUGUCUGGGGAGAUGGAGCCUAGCAGCAGUGGAUUCCCUGCUGGAGGCCCUGGGGAGGAGAGGGAUCGACAAUGUUGACGAGUGGGCGGGGCUCCGGUGCCUGGUGGAGGGUGGGGUGUGUGAGGAGUGUGUGGUGGAGAGGUGUCAGUGGUUCCUACUCAACAGCUCUGACUCCUCCAUCAGACAGAGUGCCGGGAACAUGUUGGCAAGACUUAGCGACAGAAUGCCUCUGGUGCACGCCUUGUUGGCUGAGCAGUUGACAAGCAGAGGAUGGCAGGAGAGGCUGCUGGCCUGUCGAGUUCUCCCCUCUCUCCUCUGCCCUCUCUCCACCGACGUGUGUCAUCAUCUGGUGGUCAUGAGCUGGGAAGACUGGAGCCCUGCAGUCAGAGAUGCCGCCUCUCAAGCUCUCGGAAAAACUGGACAUGGAAAACUGCUGCACGACGAGCUGGCAAGGAGACUGAGUGAAGGAGCUGAAGUGGAGAAGUUGGAUGCUCUCAAGAAGAUGAGUUCCCUGAGGCUGAUGACUCCCCAGCUCCUCUCAGUCUUCCUCCCCUGUCUCUCUGACCAACAUGCCUCCAUCAGACUUGAGGCCAUCGCUAUAUGUGGGCAGCUGGCUAUAAGGGACGAGGCAGUGCUACAGUGUCUCAUUCAUUUGCUGGGAGAUCCGAUAUGGAGCAUCAGGGCACACACUCUCAGAGCCCUCAGAAGCAUUGGUUGUAGCGAUGGAGAUGUAAUGGAGCAACUGCUGUGGAGUGUUCGCUGUGACAAGGUGCCGGCAGUGAGAGCCGAGGCCUGCCACACCCUCUCCCACCUCUGGCAGAGGGGAAAGGAGGGAACAGGGAAGAGAGGGAGAGGGGAGGCAAAGAAGAUGGGACAGAGUCUCGAGUUGUCUCCACCCUGAGAGACAGACUGGUGGUAGAGGAGAGUGCCAUGGUGACAGAGGAGCUGGUGGGUGCUCUGAGGAGGCUGGGAGGGAGUGCGGAAAGAGAGGACCCGAUGUCUAGUUUCAUCGCCACUGAGGUGAAGAGACUGGGGACCUGCAGGGCCAUCAGAGAUGGAGUGCUGGAGGGAGACCGACAGACACUCACUGAUUACAUCAUCAGCAGGCCGCUGACUCACCUAACGACCAGGGACUACCUCACUCCCCAUCAGAGGGAGAAGUACUACUGUCAACAGCGAAGGGGGUGGAGUCAGCUUGCAAGAGGGUGUGGUCUCCAGACAGGGAGAGCAAUAGGGGAACACCUGACAACAAUACAACACCUCUGUCUCUCGUCAAAAACCACCACCACAAUGAACAUCGUUUUAUAUUUUAUAACUACAGUCACUGGUCAUCAAAAUUGUAGGUAUAAUUAUACAGAAACAAGGAGGUUUGAAAUUUUAGCAGUUUUGCUUCAGAAUUUGGUAAGACAGCUAGUAAUUAAAAAUUACCAGACUGUCUAAAAAGUUGCCUACACUACUUGUAAGUCUGAUAGCAGCAUCCUGGUGGCCCCAAAGGGUAUAUACCCAGUUACUUGGGCAGACCAGCCGUAUCCCUAUGGUUCUUGAGAGCCAGCCCGUACCACUCCAGCUCGUUGAUCAGCCUAUCAGCCCCCGAGUCCAUGUGGUCAUUCAGAGGCUCCCCAGUCUCCGAGAGAGCCUUGUUGAUCUGGGGAAUUGCAAAAGUGGGCCCACACUCGGCGUUGCUAGCUCUCCGAGCAACAUGCGACACUGCAUGGCGGCACGAACACCUCCGAAUGACCCCAUGGAAUAGCAGACAAUCCCCGAGGGCCGGUACUUGUAGGAGGCUAUUGGGAAAUGAUCCAUCAUGUUUGUGAGAGCCGGUGGCAUGCAGUGAUUGUACUCUGCUGAGAUUAUGACAAAGGCAUCGGCAUCCACGAUUGCUUGGUUGGUCUCCUGGAGGACCUUGGGUGCCUGGCUCCGGUCCUUGUAGAAGUGGAGUGGCUUCUUGAGCAGAGGCAGAUCCAGAACAUCAGGAUCAAGCAACGUAGUCUGGUGGCCGCGCGCCUCCAGCUUCUUCACCAUAACUUGGCGGCUCUCUGGCCGAAGUUGCCGUCACGGACGGUGCCGAGGAAGAUGACGAACCUGAGAGACGACAUUGCCACGGGGAGUGCAGCUACACCUUUCAACCAUGCGCGCACUAGGGCG